AUGUCAAGUGCGGCGUCCUUCAGUGUGUGGGACUAUGUGGUCUUCACCUUGAUGCUGGUGAUCUCAGCAGGCAUCGGGGUUUACUACGCCUUCAGCGGACGAGGUCAGAGCAGCUCCGCGGACUUUCUGGUGGGUGGACGGAGUAUGACGGCGGUGCCGGUGGCUCUGUCCCUGUCAGCCAGCUUCAUGUCAGCCAUCACCGUUCUGGGGACCCCGGUGGAGGUGUAUCAGUACGGAGCCGUCUUCAUCCUCAUCUGCUUUGCUUAUGUUCUGAUGGUGGCUGUGAGCUCUGAGAUUUUCCUGCCGAUCUUCUACAGACUGGGAAUAACCAGCACCUAUGAGUAUCUGGAGAUGCGUUACAGUAAAGUAAUUCGACUAUUUGGGACAGUCCUGUUUAUCAUACAGACAGUGUUAUACACAGGUUUGGUUAUUUAUGCUCCGGCUUUGGCUUUAAACCAAGUCACAGGUGUAGAUCUCUGGGGUGCCGUCAUGUCCACCGGAGUGGUUUGCACUCUCUACUGUACAUUAGGCGGUCUGAAGGCAGUGGUGUGGACGGAUGUAUUCCAGGUGGGCAUCAUGUUUGCGGGGCUCUUGGCUGUCAUCAUCCAAUCAGUGCUGCUGCAGGGUGGGAUCUCCACUAUCAUCAGUGACUCCGCCCAGGGCGGGCGGCUCAACAUAUGGGACUUCGAUCCAAACCCUCUGAGGAGACACACUUUCUGGAGCAUCACAGUGGGAGGGACGUUCCUCUGGACAAGCGUCUAUGGUAUCAAUCAAGCUCAGGUGCAAAGAUACAUAUCAUGCAAGUCCAUGUUCCAUGCCAAAAUGGCUUUAUACAUUAACUUAGUAUGUCUCUGGGCUAUAUCAAUAUGCUCAGUAUUUUGUGGCUUGUGUCUAUACUCCUUUUAUAAGAACUGUGAUCCAUGGACAGCAAGAAAGGUGUCUGCUUUGGAUCAACUUAUGCCAUACCUGGUGUUGGACAUCCUGAGUGAAUAUCCUGGCGUGCCUGGACUGUUUGUGGCAGCAGCAUAUAGUGGCACAUUAAGUACAGUCUCCUCCAGUGUAAAUGCUUUGGCUGCAGUAACUAUUGCAGAUCUGAUACGGCCAUACCUCAGUCUGUCAGAAAAGCAGCUGUCCUGGGCUUCAAAGGGCAUGAGUUUGUUUUAUGGUGCCGUGUGCAUCGGAAUGGCUGGUGUUGCAUCUUUAAUGUGAGGGAUGCUACAGGCUGCUAUUAGUAUUGUAGGAGUGGUUGGUGGACCUCUACUGGGCCUUUUUUCUCUUGGCAUCCUGUUUCCUUGCGCUAAUGCAAAGGGAGGUUUAGCAGGGUUGAUAUCCGGUUUGGCGCUGUCACUGUGGGUGUGCAUCGGGGCACAAAUAUACCCUCCACGACCAGAGAACAGCAGACCGUUGGCUCUGGUGACACACGGCUGUAACUUCUCAGGCAGCGCUAACUGGACUGCAAACACAGAGGAAAAUCUAGAAAGGUGGGUUUGCAAAAACAGCUCAAAUCAAAAUCUAUUGGCUGGUACACAACAGGAUCCAUUUCUUCUCAGGCCUUUCCUGGCUGAUAAUUGGUACUCGCUCUCAUACCUGUACUUUGGCCCAUUGGGGACUGUGACGGUCAUCACCGUGGGUCUCGUUGUCAGCAUACUUUCAGGCGGCAGACAGACGAAAGUGCAGUCUGGGCUUACGAUAUUAAAAGAAGACCUCACCUUCUACAAAGCCUACAAUAUACUCAAAGCAAAAGUAAGUAUAUUCCUUAAUGCACGCAUAUAUACAAAUAUACAUUCCCAUCACUUUUAUCCUUUUCAAUUAUUGGCACUAAAAGUUUCCGGUGGUGCAGGAAAGUUUGACCUGGACCAGGAGCUGGACAAAUCCUUUGGAAAAACCAACUUUGCUUUCUGUGAUGUAGAGCUGUCUACACAAACACCUGCUUAG